AUGGCUUCCAACCCAAAGCCCAAAUUAAAAAAGGGUUAUACCAAAUCGGUUACGUCGUUUGAGGGUUUUUUGCAUCAGCUCAAGACAAAUCAUGAAUCACAUCAAGAUGUUCAAUGUGAUGGAUUUGCUCAUUUCCUCAAGUAUGAUCUAGGAAACUUGAACAAGCUCAUAAAAGGUCCACAAGUGGAUGAUACUGAUGCCUCGUCAAAUAUUGUUAAUAGAAAUGGCGAAGCUAAAGCAGUUGUGAACGGAGAGGAAGUUCAAGUGUAUGCAAAGAAAGAAGGAAAACCAGUCAAAAUCUACGCUGAAGAUGGACCUGAUGGGAUUUCAUACACAACCGUCCCACCAGGAAAUAAUGAAGAGAAAGAUAACACAACAUCAACGCAGGUUAUUGAUUCCAAAAAGGAACAAGAUGUUGCAGAGUACGCAACAAAUGAUGAAAAAUUGGUACCAUUAGCCAUACCUGAUUAUAAACCAACAAGAGAAGACUACAUGAAGGUGAUAGGUCAAGUGCGGUUAGAAGUGAAAAAGAAGAUAAUAAACCCCAUAUCCAAGGCAUCUGGUUAUAAAUGGGAAUAUUCCAAGGGCCAUUUCAAAGAUGAAAUUUUAUUAUUGGAGUUUAGUUGUUUCCAAGAUGUAACAAAAGAUAUGCAGCCCAGCAAAUUCACAAAUAGACACAUUGUUGAGAUAUACAAGCUUGGUGAAUGUUCAUCCUCAUUGAACGUCUUCAUCAAUGUCAUAACGAGACAGAUAAGGAUAAGUUAUCGUCACAAGUCGCAUACAAAACUAAUAGAUAUCAUAUACUCUUUGCUAUCCCAAAUUUAUAACGAAUAG